AUGGGAUUAGCAGGAACGAAAGUGAAACAAAGAUUUGGUAAUGAUCCAAGAAACACAAAUUGGUCUAAUGAUACAUCACGAUUUGGACAUCAAUAUCUUUCAAAAAUGGGAUGGAAACAAGGAUCCGGAUUAGGUUUAGUAUCUCAUGCUUUAACUAGUCAUGUUAAAGUUUCAAUUAAAACAGAUAAUGUAGGAUUAGGAGCAACAUUACAUAAAAGAAAAGGUAAAGAUGGAAAAUUGGAAGAAGAUGGUAUUGCUGGAUUAGAUGCAUUUCAAAGAAUUUUAGGUAGAUUAAAUGGUAAUGAAGAUAGUGUUAAUAAAGUAUUAGAUGAUGUUAAUAAAAAUAAUAUUAUUGAUGGAAAAUGGGGGAUGAGAUUUGUUAAGGGGGAGACUUUAAGUAGUACUUGGGAUAAAGAAAGUAAGAAAUUGAUUUCUUAUAAGAAUAAUGAAAAGAAUGGAGGUGAAAGUAAGAAGAGAAAUCGUGAUGAUGGUGAUGAGGAGGAAGAUGAACCAAAACUGAAGAAAUCGAAGAAAGACAAGAAGGAGAAGAAGGAGAAGAAGGAGAAGAAGGAGAAGAAGGAGAAGAAGGAGAAGAAGGAGAAGAAGGAGAAGAAGGAAAAGAAGGAGAAGAAGGACAAGAAGGACAAGAAGGACAAGAAGGACAAGAAGGACAAGAAGGACAAGAAGGACAAGAAGGACAAGAAGGAUAAGAAGUCCAAGAAAGACAAGAUACGAACAAUUGAAGUUAAAGAAUCAUCUUCAACACCACCUCCAGCAAUUGCAUCUAGACUUUCGGCAAGAUCAAAAUGGAUUAAACAAAAAAGAGCAUCAGUUAUGGAUUCUAAAGCAUUAAAUGAAAUUUUUAUGGUCACCAAUUAG